CUAGACAACGGUCACCCUGCAGCAUUGCAAAAAUUUGUACGACAAUUUUUCGUCGAUUUUGUCGUUAAUUUAUAAGAUUUUAUUAAUUUUUUAAAGGUUUAACGCGAAUUUAAUGUUACGGAACGAUAAAAAAUGAUUGUUGAUCAAGUCGAAGCCUUCAAAACAUGGCUAACAGCUGUUCUCAAACCCAUGUGUGAAGCAGACCCAGCAGCAUUGGCCAAAUACGUUCUAGCACUGAUAAAGAAAGAUAAAUCCGAAGAGGAGCUUCGUAAAAGCAUGAUUGGACAGCUUGAUGUGUUUUUGGAAGGUGAAACGGAGAACUUUGUAAAACUUGUAUUUCAAACAUUGGAAACUAAAGAUUAUAUUAAUACGCCGGUUAUUCCAAAUGCUAAUCCUCCAAAUCCUAAUUUAACCAAACCGUUGGUUAAGGAUAAUAAGGAAAUUAAGGUUAUAGUGCCUCCAAACGAUUUGCCUAAUUUAAGUGAAGCUGUUAAUGGCAGUGGGAUCAAAAAAGAUGUUGUUGAAGUAAAAAAGGACCACAAUCUCAAACCUAAGACCGAAUCUGACAAAGAGGAAAAACCUGUGCGAAGAAGGUCGAGGCACAGAUCCCUGUCUAGAAAUAGGUCAAGGUCGAGGUCCUGGGACAGGACCAAAAGGUCGAGGUCGCGGGAAAAGUCCCGGGACAGGGAUCAGUACAGGGUUGAUAGGGAGAAGCGGGACAGACCUAGGGUUUGGAGGAACAAAUCGCCUCCCAGGAGGUAUGAUAGAAGAAGGUCUAGAACACCGUCGCCAUCUAGGUUGCGAUCAAGGUCUCGCAGUCCCCGUCACUCUCACAGAGCGCGCUACCGUCGCGGAUCCGGCAGCCGCAGUCGCUCGCGUUCGGCGGAAAAGCGCGAACGUCGCGAUUCGGCCAAAGAUGGCGCCAAAGAGCACGGUUCGCGUCCCGGCACGCCCACCCAAGACUCGAACCACGGCGACAUGGAUUUGAGACUCACCAACAGCACGCAGAGCAUCGCCAGCGUGGUUGUGGCGCAGAAUAACAAAAGAAGGUGCAGGGAUUUCGACGAGAAAGGAUACUGUAUGAGAGGUGAGAUGUGCCCCUUUGACCACGGCAUGGACCCCGUUGUUCUCGAAGACGCCGCUUUACGCGUUCUCACGUACAACCCCAAUGGGGGCCCCAUGACUGCAGACGGUCCUGGAGCUCUGCCCCCCGCCGUCAUGCCGCCAGUGGCGGGACUGAUGGGGCCGAGGGGGCCGCAGCCCGAGUACAAUCCCCAAGCGCCGCAGAUGUGGAACAGGGGCGGUUUCAGAGGGGGGCCGAGGGCCAUGGGCCCCACCAGGUUGCCCCCGCCUCCAGGCGCCUUUGUGCCCCCUGGAGGUAUGCAGAGGGAGUUGAUCUCUGUUCCUGUUAUGGAUAAUAAGCAAGGAGACCAGCCAAUGGAAAUGCAGUAUCCGGGCCCGUUCAACCACCAAGGGGGCGGCUACAUUAACCACCAUCAUCACCACCACGAUGGGGGGCCGUACAAGAAAAAAGCUUUUGAUUUCAACCGUUUGGGGCCGCGCGGCAAAAACCCGUCGAACUGUUCGCUGGAAUUGAAAAAAGUUCCUCCCGGUUUAAACAGCAUAACUCAUCUGAACAAUCAUUUCGGCAAGUUCGGGAAAAUCGUCAACAUUCAGGUGCAGUACGAGGGAGAUCCCGAAGCAGCUCUGGUCACGUUUUCUAGUCAUGCGGAAGCAAAUGCUGCUUAUCGCAGCACCGAAGCCGUUCUGAACAACCGUUUCAUCAAGGUGUUUUGGCACCAGCAUAACCCCCUAACACUCGAAGGUGGUAAACAGGAGAACGUUCCGCCAACAAUGCAGCGUUCCAACGUUAAAGAUCGCCUCGGUCAAGGCGGCAUAGUGCCGCCCAACGUUAACAAAGUUUUGAACCUUGUGCAGCCCAAGGCUGACGAGGACAUUAAGGAACAAACGGAAGAAGAAAAGGAAGGGGCUGAAAAGGAAGCUGCCAUUAAUAAGGAGGAAACCAAGGCACAGCAAACAGCCGCCAUUAAAAAGAACCAGGAAUUAUUAGCUGCCACCCAGAAACUGAAGAAAAAUCAAGAGGAUCAAAGAAAAGAUAUGUUGAAAAUUAAGAAUGAUUUACGUAAAAGAAAACAAGAUCUACUGGAAAAGCAGCUGAUGCAACAAAGAAAAUUGAUCGAAAAAAUGGAAAAACUUCCGGCAGGUCCUCAACGCGAUCUCAUCAAAGACACCAUAAAAAAAUCCCAGGAAUCCAUUGAAACAAUCAAAAAAGAUUUGGAACAAGCCGCUCAGGCUGCAAAAUUACAUCCUGCAAAGCGAAGUAAAGAGGACGUGCAGAAGGAAUUGCUCGACAUGGAGCUUGACUUGAUUGCGAAGCAGCAGGAGGGUCAAGAUACGGUGGAAUUGCAGAAAAAGUUGCAGGAAUUGAGAACCAGGGCGUCGCUGAGAGGGGGGACGGCCAGGGGCAGAGGUAGAGGCCGUUAUGUGCCAGUCAGCAGGCAUUUACUAAGCAAGAACAACCUGAUUGCCGAUAAUAACAAAGUUAAAACUGGCGGCGUAACAAAACCAAGCCAGGCAGCGAAGCUACCCUUCCAAAAGCACACCCUUGAUCACCGUCCAACCAGAUUGUUAGUUUCCGGGUACGAAAUUGAAGAACAAGACAGCGUACUGGGACAUUUCCAACAAUACGGUGAAAUCGUUGAUUACGUGACUGACAACGCGUUGCCUAGUAUCACUCUGAACUACAAGACCAGAAAGGAGGCCGAAAUGGCGCUGUUGAAGGGAAAAAACUUCCAGGAUCGUACGUUGUCCAUAACAUGGAGCCAAGCGAUGCCCAUGCAGCGUGCCACAAGGUCCACUUCCAGGACCGUUUUGAUGUCGGAAUCCGAAGAAGAUCAGCUGAUGGAUCAGAGUCUUCUCGAUGGCGACGAAGAGCUGGGUCCGGAGAUUUCCGAAGAGGCCCUCCUCCAAGACGACGAAGAGGAGGACGAGGAGAACGAGGACAGGUCGUGGAGGCGAUAGUAUUUUUUAUUUGUUCACGAAAAAUCAAUUAUUAAACACUUUAUAUACCUACCUAUAAAAGAGAGGCCAUACACUUCAACAAGUAAUUUUUCGUAAAUAAUUGAAAUGUACAAACAAAAAUGUAGAAUUGAUUAUUAUUAACUAAUAAUAGGUUUUGUUGAAUGUUUUUUUUCUUUCACAACAAAAUUGUGAAUGAGUUUUUGUUAGAUUUAUUGAUUAUAAGUAAUGAUUAAUUGUGAAGUAAAAAUCCAUUUUUCUACACGCGAAUUUUUAUUAAUUAAUUCUUUAUAUUUGGAGAUAUACAUAUUUUUAUUAAUUGAUUGAUAUUUAGACAUUUAUAUUCAGGGAAAAUGGAUUUUUAGUGGUAAUUAUUUUUAAUGUAAAAUAAGACGUUAUAAAAUAAGAAAAAAAAAAGGUGAGGUGUCCACUUAAAAAAUAGCAGAAAUACACCAAAAAACAUAGUAAUAAGUUGGUUGAAAAAAAAAAACAAAAACCAACAAAAAAAUGUUGAAAUUUAUAUUUUAUUAUGAAUAACAUAAAUAGAAAAAUAAUAAGCAUUAAAUGGACACCU